AUGGAGCAUUUGUAUGUUUUGAAUUCCUGUGUGCUACUACUCAAAAUCACGUGCAUAUUAUUAAUUGACCGCGUAUACGGCGUUGAGCAAGUUCAGUCGAAGGCAUUAAUCAACAGUUCUUUAGGCAGUACAACUGUAAGUAAUGCCCCUGUACAAUUAACAACCCUUAAAUUCAAUUCAUCUGAAACACAUAACAAUUCAACACCAUCACUAACUGCUGGUCUACCCUUAAAAUCUGAAAUCAGAACAUCGCCUACUCCAGUUGCUUCAAAUGCUUCGUCAACUGUUCAGCCUAUACAUUCUACUAAACAGUCUGUCCAGUCUACUACAUCAACCAGAGCAGUAACAACUGAACACGAUGAUUUUUUGCACCAUGAUGAUAUAGAACAAGACGAGCUAAAAGCAACAAAGUUAAAUGAAAAUCCUGUGGAUAUAAAUGACUCAAUAGAUGUACCACAAAUUGAUGAUUCGCCGAAAGAAAGUCACCAUAAUCAAAGGAUCAAUGAUAGAUAUGUUUUUAAAGAACCGUUACCUCGAAAGACAGGAGGAGACCGUAACCGACUGCUUGAUUCUGAAGAUUCAUUUGUGGAACGUCAAUAUUUUUCGCAUGUGUCUACAAGUUCUGUACUGAUAAUUUGCUUUAUUAUAAUUGUUCUACUUUUGUGUAUAUGGAAACCGCUUUGUGCAAUAUAUGCAAUGAUUGGAUCAGCUGUUGAAUUUAACGACUCUGAAGCUACACCAGAAAGGCGAACAGAGAAAAUUUUUCAACUGAUGGAUUUAGACAGAGAUGAUCGUCUUUCAUUGGAUGAAUUUAUUAACGGUGUACAAAACGAUAAAUUGUUAAUGCGUCUACUCACCUUGAAUACACAUCCAUCGCAUAAUCAUCAACACCAACAGUCUUGUUGUCCUCCUGAUUCGCUGAUAAAUGGGUCAAAUGAUAAUAAAAUAUUAUCAACAGUGAAUACUUGUCAUUAUUCAACAGAUGAUGGUAAUGAUGUUCAUGAUCAUGAUCAUUGUACAGACAGGUCAGUAGUAGUAACCAGUCAAUCAGCUUGCAAACAAAAUGUUAUUUCUGAUUCAACAGAACCUUAAAAAAAAAGAAAUUUCCUUCAACCGCUUUUUUUAGGAUAUAGAAGAUUAUUUGUGAGGGUAAGUAGCUACUGUGAUAAGUUGGCGUUUUUGUUGUUGUUGUUGUACUGUAUUGUGUUGUCGAACUGUUUUUUGAUGAGUUUUCAGGCAUUAGUGCAUGAUUGUUAUGAAAAAACACACGUUCCGGUAUCCAUCUAAAGUGGUACUUUAUAUCUAGUCAAUUGGUAGAUCCAAUAUAUAUAUAUCAUAACAUUGCUUCCAGUCUAGACAAGGGGGCUAAAUUUGUUCGUUUUGCCUUCCUGGACUAUACAUCUGCUUUUGACUCGGUCCCUAGGGACAUCUUAUUAAAUAAACUUGCUGCAAGUCAAACACAAUGUUGGGCUGUUGUAUUUGGUUAAAUUCCUAUUUCUCAGAAAGAAAGCAGUACACGGUGUAUAAAGUGAAGUCUUCCACUUCAUUGCUUACUGAAGCUGGUGUCCCUCAAGGCGCUGUCCUUUCUCCUUUUCUUUUUUCUUUCUUCUUACAUGACUUGCCUCACUCUGAUGAAAUAAACUUUGUGAAGUACGCUGAUGAUUUAACAGUUUCAAUGGCUGUUAACUCCCAGCUAGAUUGUACCAAAAUAAAUAGCUUUCUGUCGGGAGUCAGUAAAUGAUCUGAGUCUAACGGUCUUAAACUGAAUCCUUCUAAAUGUCAAACUGUUAAUUUCAGCUUAAGAUGUAAAAAAACAGUUAAAAGAAGUCAUCGAUUCUCAUGACAGUUAUAAGAUUGACGACAAUGAUAUAGGAAUCAAAUCAGAAAUUAAGUAUCUUGGACUUAUUCUCUCUUCUGAUCUCUCCUGGACUUCCCAUGUCUUAGCGAUCUCCAGUAAAAUAUUCCGCCUGACAUUUUACAUUAAGAAGUUAAGACACUCGGGUAUACCUCAAUCCCUUCCUCUUACAGUUCAUAAACUCCUGCAUCCUACCUAUUCUUCUUUAUUGUUCACCCUUAUUCUUUCCUGGUUUGCUUAAAAAGGACUAUGUCACAAUUCGUAGAAUGCUGAAGACGGUCUGUAGGGUGAGUGGUGUCCCAGUGGACCACAUAGUUAACGUCAUUGUCGAUAGGCACUUGACUUCGUGCAAUAAAUUUGCCAGAGGGAUUUUGUCUGACUUGGAGCAUCCACUCUCAUCCACCCUCAGCUUUCACCUUGCAUCUCCUCAGGUA